GCAUGACAAAAGCGCGCCACAUCUGCCGAUAAGUCAGCUCCGAGAAAACCAGUUUGCUGCAGUCGAUCCUUAAAUCUCGGAAUAGAAAUUCGCGAUGAAUCUUGAAAUUCCCCCAGAUGCUUUAGCAGCAAACCAAGCGUCGAGGGCAGGGAAAACUCCAGAAGAGUGCAGGAUCCUUAAAGCCAAGGACUAUAAACUGCAUGGUCUAACAAGAUACACAGAAGGACAUAUGAAGGAAUCAUUCUAUUUCAUACAAGUUGUAAAUCCUAGGUUUGGGCUUGCUGCCUCUCCCGAAGAAGGAUGCGACCGAGAAAAGGAACUAAUCGAAAAUGUGAUUUUGGUAGUAAACAAAAUGAAACCGAAGCCCCGUUUUCUUUCAAUUUUUGGGAAUUUCACACAUUCAAUUCCUUCUGGGAAUAAUUACUUCGCUGAAUCGGAGACUUUCAAGACAACCUUCGAAAAUCUGGACCCUGGAAUUCCUGUUAUUUGUGUCUGUGGCAAAAACGAUAUGGAAGCAACAACGGAGAGUGUCGAGGCAUACAGGAAAAAUUUUGGUGAAGAGUGGUUUUCAUUUUGGGUCGAGGGUGUGCAAUUUGUAGUGCUAAACUCUCUUUAUUUUCGCGAGCUAAGUGAUUUAGAAAGCUUUAAACAAGAACAACAAGAAUGGCUAGAGUCGGUUUUCUUGGAAGCGCAAGUAAAUCCCCCACAGAAAAUCGUGGUUCUUCAAAGCGUCGCGUGGUUCCGCAGCGAUGGUGGCGAGCCGGAAGACGACCAUAACAUAGACUUAAAAACACGACAGCAGGUACUAGCAAAAAUGAGAGAAGCGAAUGUCCGAGCGAUAAUAUCAGGAGAUUCUGAUUCUAUAGGGAAAGAUGGAGACAUCGAAGCUAUUUGUACAAGUUCGCUAAAUAGCGCGGAAAACGGGCCUAUGUUUCGAAUUUUUAAAGUCCACGCUGAUGGCUUAGCGCACCGUUUGUUUAUACCAGACAACACCCCAGAUGAUUUGAAUAUAGCAUUCUCGUAGGUAAUAGGCAAAUUCAUCGGGCGUAGAGGUCACCUGUAAGCCCGUUGGCUGGCUAGUGUUGACAUUCUCGCAGGCUGAAGACCUGCUCGUGACCGCUACAAAGAUUUUUUUUUUUACAUAUAACUAACCUUUUCAAGUUUUGUCUGACAAAUUAUUUAUUUUUGGCAAAGACUGGAGCCUUGGAAACCAUUAUUAUGUCUUGGAAUGUAGCGAAAACAAUUAGUGUAAACUUAGCUUUGUUUUGUUAAUUUCGUUUUUUGAUUUUAUCAUCGGCGAUGAUAACGUUUGAUAAAUAUUCAGCAAAGACGAACGCUGUUCGAAUUUAUAAUUUCUCGACUAAAAUCAAAAGGAUUUACAACAGAA